AUGUCGUCGCCCAUCACCCCCGAAGUUGCGCUGGCCAAUCUCCAGGCGACUGCGCUUACUGCCCGCUGCCACAACGCUCUCUUCCGUCUCAAACAACUCAAAUCGCUGCACGAUGCGCUGCGCAACAACAGCAAUGCAAUUGCAGAUGCUCUGAAGCAAGAUACUCAUGUGUCUGAUGAAGAGGCUAUUACCGAGGUAGCGCUUGCCCUGGAUGUGGUCAAGGAGCAUUAUGGCUCGAUUGAUGCGGCCAAAGAGCUGGAAGCCGAGUACAGAAUCACCAAUGGCAAAGAUGCUGGUGAUAAGAGAGAACCUUGGGGUGUUGCGUAUAUCGAGCCUCAAAGAAGUCAUACGCCAUUCUUCUCGGUCAUUGCACCUUUGAGCGCUGGUCUCGCAACCGGCAGCUGCAUAGCACUGAAGCUCGAAAACAACCUUCGCGCACUUCCUUCGCUACUCCGAAAGCUGCUUACCGAAGCUCUCGAAUCAGAUACCUUUGCUGUCAUCUCCUCCGACCCUCCUUCAGACUCACUAUCAGCCUGUCUACAAGUAUUCCAAGAGACAAAAGUCAGCUCGCCAACAUACACACAACUCGUAUCACCACGAAACAAAAUCGUCGCAGUUGUGGACCGCACAGCAGAUCUCGCAUCAGCAGCCGAGCAGUUAGUAACAGCACGCUUCGCAUUCGGAGGAACAUCACCAUACGCCCCCGACGUCGUUCUCGUCAACGAGUUCAUCAAGAAAGAGUUCCUAGAGCACGUUCUUCGACACGCUCUUCCCUUCCUGGCUGGAUCCAGUGGCGUGUCAAACGGCUCAACCAACGCAAGAGAGCACAAGAAGUCUUCACGCGUAGCAGAAACCUUCCAAGCACUCACAGAAAACAAGUCAUGGAAGCUAAACACCAUAACACAAGGCGACAACGGCGCCGUCGUCGAGCUCUCCAACCUCUCCUCCCUACCAUCCAAGUCCCCACAGCCCGUCUUCUGCGUCUCAGCAAUCACAUCUCUGGAACAUGCCAUCAGCCUCGUCGAGGACGACCUAGAUCCCCAACAAAGUCUGCUGGCUGCAUACCACUUCGGCACUCCGUCUACGGGCAAGUACCUCUCACAGUUCGUCAACGCCGACGCGUCGUUCACGAAUAACAUUCCCUUCCGUCUGCUCCUCGGCCCGGCGGCUCCGUCUUUCCAGCCCGUGGAUGUAGAGAAGCGGUACACAGCCCAGCACUUCACUCGUAUCUCGCCCGCAUAUAUCGCAGCACCUGCCUCGCAAGCGACAAUGUCAAAGGUUCUUUCGGGCAAGGACUCGAAGAAGGCCGCGGCAGAGCUGCUUAGCAAAGCGACACAGGAGAUUAAAGAGAAGAAGCGCGCUGAGUCAAUCGCGAUUGGUUACUUUGAGCAGGGUAUCUUCAUUGGGUUGGGUGUGUACGGUAUUCCUAUUUUGACAUGUAUUGGCUCGGCGCUUUUCUUUGGUGUGCGGGCGGGCUUGAGGAGGUGGGCUUUUGUUUGA